AUGUUCUGCUAUUUAAAAUUUAUUUGCUCUUUUACAGAAUGCUUCAACUGUACGACAAUAGAAGCACUUAAAGAACGGGUGAAUGAUCUUGAAAGUAAGAUGACCAACUCCUUACCCAACUUCCAUGUUAGCGGUUGUGACGAUUGCAAACAGGAAUUAAUCCCAGAGAAAAGAACCCGUUACUUGAAAGGUCAAAAAGGUGAAUCCGGCCAAAAAGGUGAACAAGGGCCUCCGGGCCCGCCUGGCUCAAGAGGAAUGAAGGGAGAGAGAGGUCUCACUGGGCCGACUGGAAUUCCAGGUCUACCCGGGGAUUAUCGCCUUAAUGAGGAUUAUGUUAAGACUGGGGAGAGACAAGUAGGAAUUGUGGGGCCACCAGGGCCUAGAGGUCCCCCCGGGCCUCAGGGACCAGCAGGCUUGCCUGGUAGAGGUAUACCUGGUAGGGAUGGGCCUCCAGGACUACCAGGUUUGCCUGGAGAGCCGGGAUUACCUGGAAAGUUUAUUCGAAUGACAGAACCGCACAGAAACAGAACAGAAACUGUCAGCGAAAUCGAAGAGAAACUGAAGUUCCUACAAGAUGAAGUGACGAGGCUCCAGGGUGAAUUAAAUCACUUGAAAAAGAAUGAGGAGGACAUUGAACUUAUUGGAGAUCGACUCACGCUUCUCGAAAAACUGGUCUUUGAAACUCUGAUGUCCCCAUGUUCCUCGCCCUCCUACCUAUCUCACCCUCCUCUAUCACCCUCCUCUCUCACCCACCUCUCUCACCCUCCUCUCUCACCCUCCUCUCGCCCUCCUACAUCUCACCCUUCUCUCUCACCCUCCUCUGAUGUCCCCAUGUUCCUCGCCCUCCUACCUCUCUCACCCUCCUCUCUCACCCUCCUCUCUCACCCUCCUCUCUCACCCUCCCUCUCUCACCCUCCUACAUCUCACCCUCCUCUUUCACCCUCCUCUCACCCUCCUACAUCUCACCCUCCUCUCUCACCCUCCUUUCUCACCCUCCUCUCUCACCCUCCUACAUCUCACCCUCUCUCUCACCCUCCUCUCUCACCCUCCUCUCUCACCCUCCUACCUCUCUUACCCUCCUCUCUCGCCCUUCUACAUUUCACCCUCCUCUCUCAUCCUCCUCUCUCACCCUCCUACAUCUCACCUUCCUCUCUCACCCUUCUCUCCCACCCUCCUACAUCUCACCCUCCUCUCUCACCCUCCUCUCUCACCCUCCUCUCUCACCCUCCUCUCUCACCCUCCUCUCUCACCCUCCUCUCUGACCUUAAUUUAUUCAAUAAUUUUGUAUACCUUAUUCUGUUUUUCUAUCUCGGUAUUUGUCCUUACACUCUCGCUCUUUCUCCGUCUCUCUCUCUCUCUCUCUCUCUCUCUCUCUCACUCUCUCUAUCUCUCUUCUAUGUCCGUUUAUAUCUCAAACUUUUCAUAUCUAUCUAUUUAUGUAUCUAUGACAGACUUUUACUUCUGUCUGUCUGUUUGUCUCUGUCGCUCUUUUAUUAUCCAUACAUAUUUUUUGUUCUCAUCUAUCUUCUUAUCAUCAUCUCUCUUUCAGUUUCUCAAUCUGUAAGUGAUACACAUUUUGUUCCCGGAGUCACGUGUCUAUUACUUGGUAUUUAUUCAAAGCUGUCGACAAACCCAAUAUAUGUAACGUUAAAGUGUAUAAACGCCUACAUCCAAAAUAUCGUCUGUUUUAUUUCCCUCCAAAUUGAAAGGAGAUUCUAUCAAUGA